UCAGAAAGUGUGUAUCUGUGUGUAUCACCAGGAGCAGUGAAGGUGACAGGUGUGCAGUAGGUUAUCUGUGUGCUGAUCUCAGCCUGUUCAGUUCAUCAGUUCACACAAUAGCUCGUUUCCAGACACUGUCAUUUGUGGAGCUAUUAUUGAUGAUCGUAGUGAUAGUGAAUGCAUUUAAACUGAACAUCACUGCAGGAAACUGUAGCAUGAUUUUCUGUUUCAGAACCAGUUGGAAAUGGAUGUGCAUCAUGCUGAGGAAUUAUGUCCCUGUUCAUUUACAUUAUAUGGAAUAAUACAGCAUGGACAUUCAUUCAGACACCUGAUAUUGUGUUGCAUGGAGAAAAGAAAGUCGAAUGCAUUCAGAACGACCCGAGGGUUUCAGAAUUUUUGGGCGAGUCCUCUGAGGUGGCCAAACUGGUUUUUGCAACACUGCAGCUGUUUUUUGAAAGUCUACUUGGUCUAACCAAAAUGACCAGGAUGGUCUACCUCCAGCGGAUCAAAAACUGGCGAGCAGUGAUCCAGACCAGUCUGAACCCACUAAAGACCAAUGAUAAACACCCAGACAGAACCAAGCAAAACCAGCUUUGGAUUUGUCAUAGAUGUGAAAGCCAACACUUCUAUAUACACCAUAUAUCCUCCUGCUCACACUGAUACUGAGUCUGAUUAGAUAUACUGAAAAAUACUCUGAAUAUGCUGCUGCCCUGCAAACCCACUUUCUCCUCUUAAACCUCAUGAACCCUCAGGAAGUGACUGAAUCUAAUCACCCCUGUGAAGAAAAGAUCAUGUUCUGUUCUGGAUGACAGAAGAUGUUUAACUCGGGUAAACUGUACUGUAUGUCAGAAGUUGCUGUAUUUAAUGAAUGAACCCUGACUGAACACGCUUUCUCUGUUCAUUCUUCAGGACCGGGCUCGUAUCAGUGAAGCCCCUCCUGGGGGUGUAAUCUGAAGCCGCUGUUGUAUCGGUGAGUUGCAGCAGCAGUAAGUCACUGCAGUCCUCGCCCCGCGUUCCGCACGCGUUCAUCAUGUUUUGACGCGUGGCGUCUUGAAAUGUCGCAAUGCUCGAGGAUGAGAAACCGCUAGCGCGCGCGCGGGGAUCGUGGAAGCACAGAAUGCAUGUUUGCGAAAGCUUCCUGGUUCUCGUGUGAAACAGCUGUUUGACACCAUCUGCGAGACGCGAGCUCUCGGGUAGCUACGCGACGCGAGGGUUUUUUUUUUCGAUAACAGCUCCUUUUUUGGACGCACGCAGAACGCGUCUUCCGCCCGUGCGGGCUUUCAUCGCGCCGAUGUGUCUCCGCGGGUGACCGUGCGCGGAUUAUUAUCAUGUGGCAGCGCGGAUGCGGCUCGGGCUGGACGCGGGCGCGGUGCCAGGACAGCGGGGUCGAUCCCGAGCGCGAGCGGCUCUGGGCCGAGCUCUUCGAUCAGCUGGACCUGAACAAGAACGGACUGAUCGAUGUGAACGAGCUGCGGAUCGGACUCGCCGCCCGGGGGCUGUCGUGGAGCUCCGUGGAGGAGCAGAUAGUACGAGCUGGAGACGUUGAUCUCGAUGGUCAGCUGGAUUUUGAGGAGUUCACAGAGUACCUGCGUUCACACGAGAAACGCCUGAAACUCAUGUUUCGCAGCUUGGACCGCAACAAUGACGGUCAGUUGGACGUCGGGGAGAUCCAGCAGUCGUUACACAGUCUCGGUGUGGAUGUCACGUUGGAACAGGCUGCCAAAAUACUGCAAAGUAUGGACACGGACCAUUCCAUGACCAUCGACUGGUUCGAGUGGCGAGAUCACUUCCUGUUUAACCCUCUGCACAACAUGGAGGAAAUCGCUCAGUACUGGAAACACUCGGUGAUGUUGGACAUCGGAGAGCUUCUGACGGUUCCGGACGAGUUCUCGGAGAAGGAGAAGCAGUCAGGGUUUGUGUGGCGGCAGCUGAUGGCAGGAGCCGUGGCGGGAUCGGUGUCCAGGACAGGAACCGCGCCGCUCGACAGACUCAAGGUCUUUCUGCAGGUGCACGGCCAGAGCUCUGAUAAGGGGAACAUGUGGCGCGGUCUGCGUGCGAUGGUGAAGGAGGGCGGCCUGACUGCGCUGUGGAGGGGGAACGGCAUCAAUGUGCUGAAGAUCGCUCCAGAAACAGCCAUCAAAUUCCUGGCCUAUGAACAGAUUAAGUGCUUGAUGAGAGGCAGAAAUGAGGGAGGAACUCUGAAAGUUCAGGAGAGAUUCGUCGCUGGAUCACUGGCUGGAGCGACGGCUCAAACUGUCAUAUACCCAAUGGAGGUGCUGAAGACUCGGCUUACUCUUCGUAAAACAGGACAGUAUUCGAGUGUGGCGGACUGCGCUAAGCAGAUCCUGCAGAAGGAGGGCAUUCUGGCAUUUUAUAAAGGAUACCUACCCAACAUGCUGGGCAUCAUCCCGUAUGCGGGCAUAGACCUCGCCGUCUACGAGACGCUGAAGAACGCCUGGCUGCAGCGGCACACAGAGGGAUCGCCCCAUCCGGGCGUCCUGGUGCUGGUGGGCUGCGGCACGGUGUCCAGCACCUGCGGACAGCUGGCAUCCUACCCGCUCGCCCUCAUCCGAACACGCAUGCAGGCGCAGGCGUCAGUGAAGGGAGCUCCUCAGUUGUCCAUGUUGACCCUCUUCAGGAGUAUCGUGGCCCAGGAGGGUGUGGUGGGACUCUAUCGAGGGAUCGCGCCCAACUUCCUCAAGGUCAUCCCGGCGGUCAGCAUCUCCUACGUCGUCUACGAGCACAUGAGGAAAGUACUGGGAGUGGGAACCUGAGACCGAGGGAAAGAAAGACAGGUCAUGCGUGUGUAGAAAAAAAACAAAACAAUCAUAUCCGGACAAGAAAGGUCUAAGACUUGAUUAUUUAAGCCUACAAUAUAUUCGAUCACUGGAGUGAUGUUCACCAAAAACAGUGGAUGUGAGGAAGAACGAUGAACUGAAUCCAAACACUGAAUUAUGCAGAUUCUAAGAGGUGCUGUUCUGACUCUUUCCUGAAUUACUGAGGUUCAUGAUGCGCUCUUCAUGUGUGUUGUUGGUCAACAGGACCCUGAUAUUCAGGUAUACAGGGUACGGCCCUCUGGAUGUGGUAAAAUGAACGCUUGUGUGUGUGAGACUGUGUGAGCAUGUGCUGUACUGUACCCUGUGUGUUUGUGCGCGCGCGUGUGUGUUUAACCCAGUGCACACUACUGAACUCCAAAUUGGAAUGGCCAAUAAACUAACGUCCUCCCUUUGAACUUACA